GAUAUUUUGUCAAAACGCCAACUAAAUUGGGAAAUUUUCUCCAGUGUGUCUAUAAAAUUGCGCCUUUUAUUUUUCGCAUUUUUCUGGUAUUUUUGAGUUAUUUCAAAUGCCGAUUUUGAUAAAAACUGGAGAGCACAGCAAUGGAACCCCUGAAUGGGGCUUCAUUGAAUUGCAGGGAGAUCUCGAAGUGAGAGGAGAACAAUCGAUGGACAAGCAGUUUAUUGGAGAUCUCUAUUACACAAAAUACGGUCAGCCAAUUCUAAUUAUCGGCCAUCAUAUUCUCCACGGAAGAGAAGUGACGAUGGAGAAGCCCUAUGCUGUUCUUGAAAAAAUAGUAAAACCGACUGAGAAAUCCCCGGAGGACGAAAAUAUGGAAGUGGACGUCAAUCAGAGUAUUUCAGACAGUCAGAUUCUGGACUCAACUGUGGCCAUUGAGCAUAAAUCGAGACAAAAGACAGAAUAUCUUGUCAAAGCCAUUGUUAAAAAGAAACUUAUCUUUCGUGCAAGACCGAAGCCCAUUAUUGCUAAUGUAACUAAAAAGUGAUUUUAUAAUAAAUUAUUUAAUAUUUUGAA